AAAGAAACAGACGACAGAAUGGGGAAACUGGUUUGGCUUGUCACACUGAUGGUCUGCUGCUUAGAAGGGACAGAAGAACUAGAUUUGUUUGAGCGUGCGUUCACCUUUCCAGAGGAGUCCAAGACCACUCAUGUCAAAAUCAUGCCCAAGUCCACACAGACCCCCAUCAACAUGGUGACUGUGUGUCUGCGCUUCUCCACCCAUUUAACCAGAGAGUACAGUCUCUUCUCGCUAGCCCUCCCAGAGCAAGACAACAGCUUUCUUCUGUGGUGUGAGAAGGAUGGUGUUUACUCUGUAUAUGUGAAUAAUCAAGCUGGUAUCUCUGGUUUGAAAGGCAAGCCAAAUGAGUGGAACUCUCUCUGUGCCACCUGGGAGACCGGCGGAGGACUGACCCAGGUGUGGCUGAACGGCAAGCCUAGCAACAGUGUGUCAGUCAGCCCCGGGUAUUCUAUCAACGGGAUUCCCAGUAUCAUUGUGGGUCAGGAUCACGCCUUUUUUUUAAACAAAAUAAACAGACAACAUUGUUUCGUUUUCCGACGCCUAAGGAAAACACAAAUGGCAAACCGGAAAGAACAAAUUACAGUUUUGUGACUGUAUAAACUUGUGUAAAACAUUUGUACCAAUGGUACCAAUUGUUGUACCAAUCAAUGGUAGGCCUACGUUGCACAAUUAUACUAAAAUAGAUUA